UCUCGUUUAUUGCAAAUAAAAUAAAAAAUCUGACAAAUACGAUCUCUUCCGAAGUCUUUUAUUUAGCAUUUCUGAUCAUGAGUACUGGUAUAAUUGCCAUACUUUCCAAAACUUUGCACGGAUAGUUUUUGUAGACCCAUCAUUUUUGCCGAAAAAUCGCCAUUUUUUGUGUAUGUGCGAUUGCGCGGACUCUUUUUUCGGAGUCUUUUUCAGUCUCAAUUUCUUACUUCCGGAAACGCUGUUUUUGGAGUUCGUCUAGACUGAUAUAAUAGUCAGCGCAUAUAUCAAUUGAGCUAUUCUGACUAUAAGAAUAAAUGGUAUAAAUUUGAAGCAGAUUGUCAAAAUCAAGUUUACUUAUUUUUUGUAGUUUUUUUUUUUUUUUUUUUGUGAAUUUCGACCCUAGGGCAGGGGUGCCCCUAAAAAAAUCCUAUCUUAAAUUAUUCCUUACAUCCCAACCUAUCAAAAUAUCACAAUUUUAUUUAGGGGCAGGCCUGCCCUGAAGGACUUCUAGGCCAAAAUUCAUACAAAAAUCAACGCUUUAACGGCCAAAAUUGUGUUUCGGCCAACUUUGGAGGUUAAUUGUAAAGUUGUAAAUAAUAAAUUUUAGUUGUAAAAUACAAAUUUGAAAAAUAUAGACAUAUAUACGGUAGAAAACAACAAAUAAAGAUUGAUUUUGAAAUGUCAUUUUUUCCGGGAAAUUGUUGUCUUCUAUAGGUCAAUUCUUUUGUAAUAGUGAAUACAUCCUUUGAAAUUUAAAGGUCAGGUUGGUGAAAUGGAAUGAAUUAAAAGCUAACAUGUAUACACCUAACACGUUAGUGGCGGGUAACUUGUAUAGACAAGUUCAUUUGGCGGAAUUCGGGAAUUACCACGAAUGAAGAAUUCUCUCAUGUCUGGCUCAAAACUCUGGGUAAUCUAUCCUCAGUACUUGGGAGGAUUAAUUUGGGGUUACCUCAGCGGUACCUGAGGGACCAGCUUGAUCUUUGUGGGUACCAAAGGCAAGUUUUGGGGCCUACCCCUGGGGGUAUUAUCCCCAUGUUGUUGUUGUAUUCCAGGGGAGGCAGGUAAAGAGUUAGGGCCCGAGUCAGAACUUGAAUUCAUUCAUUUGAUGUGGCACUCACUCUUGUUGGUACCAAGAGGUCUGUUCCCACCACAGUCACCUGUGGGGGCGCUAUCGCGCCAAGGAUCUAGGGAGGUCAUCCCGGUAGGCAGGUAGUGAUUCCCUGGGUUCCGCCGGGGUAUUUACAUCUAUGUAUAAAUAGAUUGUGACAAAUAUUUGCCACAAAAUGUAAUCAUUGUUUCACAAUAAAUGUGUAAAAUUAAUAUUUGUUACUAUUCAUUGCAUCUGGGAUUAAUCAGGUAAAAAAUAAAUUCUUUACAAGGAUUGGCAGAACCAACAGUAAUUAUCAGUAACAACAGUAAAAAAUAUCAGCAAAUAGAAAUUUUCAGUACCAGCAGUAUAAUAUCAGUAAAUAUCAGAAAUUAUCAGUAAAAAGUGGCAUUAUUUAGGCCAGUAGUGGCGGCAAUAACUCAAAACAAAAGUGUGUGUGUGUGUAUGUUGGUGGAUGUGGGAUCUUUACCUUUUCGUACUGCUGCAGUUUGAAAAUUGUGUUGUUUUGGUGAAAAUGUCGUCAGAUUAGAAAAUAAAAUUGAAUCAUCAGGGAAAAGUUAGAAUAUUUUCACCAGUUCAUUGAUUUGCAAUUGACAGAAACAGAUACACCCUGAGAGACACUACAAGACGUAGAAGACCAAUGUUAUGUAAGAAUGAUUUAAUUGUUAAUGAUAUUAUUGAUUAUAUGUGUGGAUUAUACUUUAUUUUCAGAAUGUCGGGGACCUAUAAAUCUGUCUAUCAAAGGUUUUCUACCAUACGUGCAACUUGAAAAAUUAGUUGAAAGCCCUAUGUUAUGUGAUAUAAACAAGAAGCUGUACCAGUAUCUAAGGCCCUACGUCUAUCUAGACUGCGCAACUAAAAUUGGUCUCCAGUACAUCAGUACUACUUCUGAAGCAAUGAAUUCAAAGACGACCCUGUUUCUUGUUUCACUCUUGUGUAUGAUCAUCUUUACCAGAGCGGACUCUCCAAAACCAAAGACCUUCCGCCAUGACUACGUAACCUAUAAAAAUGUAUGCCGGGAAAUGGAUUGGGUUCCAAAGUGUGAUUGUCAUAAGGAAAUUAAGGGAGGUUGUCAAGGAAAGUUUGUGGCAUUUCAUGCUAUUCUAUCUAAAAGAUUGAACAAUAUACCUGUGAACACAAUCCUCAAAUUUGGAAAUGUAUUGACCAAUGAGGGAGGAGGGUACAAUCCAUCAACAGGAAAAUUUACAGCACCGGAAGAUGGCGUCUACUCGUUCUCAUGGACUUACUGUACAAACAAAGGAUCUAAUGUGUAUGUAGUUGGGGUUGUGGAUGGCACAAUUCGCGCAUAUAUAUCCAACCAUGGUCAGGCAAACAAUUGGCAGAACACGUCAGGACACCUCGUCAUGAAAUUGAAAACUGGAAAUCAAUUCUGGAUUAAAACGUACGCUUCAACAUCUAAAACGAUACAUGAAAAUUACACGUUCCUUUCAGGCUACAAGUUGUCUGGCUGUUGAUAUAGUAAUAAUAAAAAUACCCUCGAUA